CGGGCCACUGAUGAGCUUCUGGAUUUUGAGAAGUUAAGGGUCGGAUCAUGGCUUGUGUCAACAUGUUGCUUGAUAAGUGCCACUGUGCCUCUAGGUAUGGACGGAAUGCAAUCCUCUAUAAUAUCCUCAGCCAGCAGGCUGUUGUCAAGCCACACUCCCAGUUCUCUCAUCACAGCUACUGUCAAAUCAAGAGGACGGUGUGUCUGAAGACUCCCCACAUCACCUGUCCCACAGUCAUUGAGGUACUCGUGAAGACGGUCAGUUUCAUGCAGAAUCUCCCUUCAUUCCAUCUACCCAAAGAGGACCAGCUGUUGCUCCGGUCAUGCUGGGCCCCUCUCUUCCUGCUGGGAUUGGCUCAGGAGGGAGUGAAUUUUGAGGUAGUUGAGAUCCCAGUGCAAAGUUUGCUCAAAAGACUCCUAUUGAAUGGAAAAGAGCUACCUGGUGUGGUGGGAGCUGAGAGUACACAACCUUCCAUAGCUGAUGUGCAGAGAAUAAAACUGUGCCUGAACAAGUUCUGGGAUUUGGACCUAACACCCAAGGAGUUUGCUUACCUGAAGGGAGCUGUUCUCUUCAGUGCUGACCUGCCAGGACUACAAGCUACUCUAUACGUCCAGAGCCUGCAAAGGGAAGCCCAGCGAGUGCUCCAUGAGGUCCUAGUACCCCUCCAACCUAAGGAUACAAGCCGCUUAGCCCCUAUCUUACUCACUGUAUCUGCACUGAGAACCAUCAGCGCUGGUGUUGUCACUGAGCUCUUUUUCAGGCCUGUGAUUGGGAGCACUGAAAUAAACCAGCUGCUCAUCCAGAUGUUUUACACCAAGCAAUGAAGAACGGGGGUGGGAGUGAGAUCAACAGCUAGGGUACUGCUGCUUCUCUCAUCUACUCCUUUUCCUCUGUGAUUUUACCUCCUCCAUUUUGUGAACAAUUUGUUUUGUAUUAAUUUAUUUUUUAUCAUAAAUAAAAGUAUUUUGCAUAUGUUGGGUAUUACUGAGUAAGGAAUUUAAAUAAACCAUUGCAAUGAAUUCAGAGACUUUAAAAAUCAACACCGGCCACCUCGGCCGCUCUCCCUCU